AUGGAGUCCAUCAGUACGGCGAAUAGCGAGGCUUGUAUCAUCAAGCUGGGCGGUGUCGUUGCGAAGCUCUGCAGCUGUUAUGUCGGGGACGUGAAAGACGCAAAAGAUGAUAUCAUGGCACUACAAGAGGCAAUCGAAGGUCUCACUAGUGUGCUCGAGAAGCUCCAUGAACAUUUACAUCGGCCUGACUCUGGAAUCAUAGCCUUAUCGCCACUAACUGAUAAUGUCUUCCUUUGCUGA